AGCAGUCAGGGUGGAAGCAGUGGGGGCUCCGUGGGGAAAACGUCCACACUGUGAAGUGAUUCAUGACACAUGGAAAUGUGCUGGCACCUGAAAGUGGAGCUCAUUUAUUCCUGCUCAGGUCUGUCUGCGCUCACUGAUCGCCACAUCAGCGAGUUAACGGGGAUCUCCGGUGCCAGCGCGCGUCCGACGAGGUGUCUUCCUCUGCAGAGGCAGCGGUAACAGGGUCCGGAACGCUCUCCAGGGCGGGGAAGUUAUUUCUGGGAACCCUUCUGCGUGUGGCAGGAGCGAAUUGAAGCGGUUGGAGAUUAUAGGAUUAGAUGAAUCCACCUGCUGCGGCUUGGGUUUUGGAUCGGAACUUUAGGCGAAACUUUGUAAUGAUGUGAGAAUUUUAUCCAAAGAUGCGCCGACAUCAGAGGAUUCAAAUGCACCCACAUUUUAACAAGAUUUCUACCUAAAUAUUAAGAAUGAAGGGAGACCGACGAACUAUGAACUUUAUUUUAUGGAUCUUUAACUUUUUAAUUUAUUGGACAUGGACUGACGCACAGAUGGGGUUCGAUGCUCCUCUCUCUGCACAGGAGCAGAUGCUGAUUCUGUAUGAAGUCAAAAUGCAGUGCUAUCAGAACCUGUCCAAUAUGGAACCAACAACCACAGAUGAGGUGUGCCCUCCAGACUGGGAUGGUCUAAUCUGUUGGCCCCAUGGCUCCCUCGGGCAGGUCACGAAGGUUUCCUGCCCAUCUUACAUCUAUGACUUCAAUCACAAAGGACAUGCUUACAGGAAAUGUGAUGCCAAUGGUUCCUGGGUCUUUGUGGAGCAGUGGAACAAAACAUGGACCAACUACUCAGAGUGUCUACGGUUCCUUCAGCCGCUCAGUGAUGAUGAAGCAAGACAAGAUUUCUUUGAGCGGCUGUAUGUCAUGUAUACCACUGGCUAUGCUGUGUCGUUCAGCUCUCUGCUAGUGGCCAUCGUGAUCAUUGGAUACUUCAGACGUCUUCACUGCACCAGAAACUACAUUCACAUGCACCUGUUCGUUUCCUUCAUGUUACGGGCUGUCAGUAUUUUUGUGAAGGACAAAGUUGUCUAUUCAAGUGCUGGAUUGCAAGACUUUGACUCAGCCCUGCUGGAUAACCUGAAAACAGUGAGCGUUGCAUCACUCGACAAGUCACAGUAUAUCGGCUGCAAGUUGACAGUGCUGCUCUUCAUCUACUUUCUGGCCACCAACUACUACUGGAUCCUGGUAGAAGGCCUCUACCUGCACAGCCUCAUCUUCAUGGCAUUUCGCUCAGAUUCCAAAUACCUCUGGGGAUUCAUACUUAUUGGAUGGGGUGUUCCUGCUGUUUUUGUCGCAAUCUGGGCAAUCGUCAGGGCAACGCUGGCAGAUGCCAGGUGCUGGGAGUUAAGUGCAGGUAACGUUAAGUGGAUUUACCAGGUACCCAUCUUGACAGCAAUUGGGCUUAACUUUAUUUUAUUUCUGAACAUCGUGCGAGUGCUGGCCACGAAAAUUCGAGAAACAAACGCAGGGAGAUAUGACACCAGGAAACAGUACAGAAAACUGGCAAAGUCGACCCUUGUGCUGGUGCUGGUGUUUGGCAUCCACUACAUCAUCUUCAUUGGAAUGCCUCAUACUUUCAAAGGACCAAGCUGGGAGACCCGCAUGUAUUGUGAGCUAUUCUUCAACUCCUUUCAGGGCUUCUUCGUGUCCAUUAUCUACUGCUAUUGCAACGGAGAGGUUCAGACAGAAAUAAAGAAAACAUGGACGCGCUGGAACCUGGCCUUUGAGUGGGAGGGCCCAGUGGUCUGUGGCCGCUAUCGUUACGGCUCUGUGGUCGUAGGUCUCAACAACAACAGCACCAGCAGCCAGUCUCACCUGGCUGGUGGAGGCAUUUCCACACGCUCUACCACACUUGCUUCGAGUCGCGUUUAUCGCAGCACAGGCGCUCCUUCAAUCAACGUACAUGCCACCCUUCCGGGCUAUGUGAUGACAAACUCAGAUCCUUUCAUUCCUGAAGAGCUAGAGGACAGCGGCCCCAAAAGAGUGGAUGAUAUCUCACUCAAGGAAAAUCUGCCUGUACUGAAUACAAGUGCAACAGCUGAAGAUGAGGAAGAAACGCUGUAGCAGACAAAGAAUUUGAAGAGAGACUGAUUAACGUUUCUGCAGAUGGACCUAAGCAAACUGUUACUGUAUUGUGUGAUUUCAAUUCAGAUAAGGGUAGCUAACGCAAAUCAAAACUCAAAAGGAAGAAGCAAUGUGAACUCCAUAUAGAUGAGUCAAUAUUGAAGAAGAUAAAGUGCUUGACACAAAUUCAUGACACUGUACGUGCAAAACAUUUUAUACGGCUUAAAGGAGUAAACAACUUUUUUUUUAUUCUAGAGACAGACGCAACAAGACACUCAAAUCAAAUUUAUACCUGGAUUAAAAUAAAUCAUUGGACCCAAGCUGUGACCCUGGUGCAGAUGUUAAAAGCAAGCAUUUGUAUUGUAUACAUGUUUGCCUUUGACGUUGUAAAUAUCCACUUGUAACAGCUCAUGCUGUACUGGUAUCAAGGGCUUUUGGGAUUGUAAUAAACAAAUGGUGUAUAAAGACAGUUUAUGGAAAGAUACCAGUAUCUAUUAUGUUGGCACAUAGUAAAAAAACAAUACAGAUGAGAGACCUCAGAUAAAAAAAGAACCCUUAUUUUUUUCACAAAGCCAACUCCAUUUUUCCAACUGCCCCUGGAGGCCACUCACUAGAUGUGUGCUUAAGAAACAACCAAGCUGUUGCCUACUAAUACAGAAUUUAGGAACAUUUGUGUAAAACGUUUUGUAAGCUCCUUGUUUUUCUUGCUGCUAACUGGUGUGCACCUUUAAUUACGCCCACAUCUGAGACUAAAGUGAAGCUCCAAUCAAAAGAAGCACAAAGACAAUUGUUUACAUAAAAAAAGGUUGUUUGUAAGAUAGCAGUGACAGCACAAGUAGCAUGACAGAUGUAUAAACAAGUGAAUAUGUGGAAUGUUGUAUUGAUUAAACUUCGUUUUUGCAAAGAACUGUUCAUGAUAUCUGAAACCCUCAGAAAAUGUAAUCUAUGCUAUUUUCUCCAUUAUCUCAAUUCAGCAAUCUCAGUUUUUUUUAGGCAUCUAGGAAAACUUAUGGAAAAUGUUUGGUGUGACUGCAAGUCUGGUGAUUUCUGAGGCCAAUAGUUCACAGUUGGGUUCAAAGAAACUUCUACAUGCAAUAUCUUAAGAUGUGUUUUUAAGAAACACACUUUAAAUCAGCAAGUUAAAGAACUUUAAACUGCAUUGUUGAUUUUAGCAUGUGUUGCAUUAAUGCAUUAAAAAUUUCAUCAUUGUUUAAAACUUCGUUCAUAAAACCAGAACUCGAGAAAACUGAUGAUGCUAAAAGCACAGUGAUUACUAAGCUGGUUACACUGUUUCCUACCAUACUAUGUGGAAUGGCUUAUAGAAAUACGCGAGUGCUCUACCCUUGAGGAUAUUGUAAGGGAUGUUGUAGAAGUUCUGUCACGUCUUUGAGAUGCGUGUAUUGCUGUUUAUUUGGUCCUGUGCUCCCUAAGGUGGUAAGAAACUUACUAGCUGCAGCAAACAAAUUUUAUCAGGCUGAGCUCCAUCAUCACAACCUUUUUGGAAUGUGAUUAAGCCUUAAAAUAAAAGAUUUAAUAAUUAUUAAAAAUACAAAUAAAUGUAAAACAACAAAUAUAAAUUGGAUAAAACAAUGUCAGUACAUUCGUUGUAGCUUAUGUACACGUAAGCUUGAUUAUAUCCAUAAACAAAAAAAGUAUAAAUCCCAUGAGUCCAGAAAAAAAGUAAAACUAUACAUUUUCAUAAAACUAUAUUAAUAAAUAAACCUGCAAAUGAUGAAAAGUUGCACUAUAGUACAGAAUGCAAACUCUCCCUAAAUUGUUAUUUGCGCCUAAUUUUUUCCUGGUACCUGUGGUCCCAAAAUAAUUUAGCAUAUCUUGCAAAAAUUAGUUUUCUCUUAAAGACAUUUGCAGGAGUUUCAACAUGUUCUACAGCCGGUAGUUUCAGUGAAUUACAGCCUUCUGUUUCUCACACAAAAAGAGAUUCAUUUCAAUAAAAAUGACUACCUAUGGUGUUCAAUUUCAACUGAAAAAUCUGAAAUCAGGUACUGUAGUGGUAGAUUUCAUCUAGACGAUCAACUUUGACUCCCCAAUCCAACAUAAGUGCCUCAUGCGUAAAAAGCGAUCAAAGCUUUCUGAUUUGCUGUCAUUUUUUUAUACUGCUUGCCUUUUUACCCAUUUAAUGUCUCAAAAUUCACUCUUAUGUAAUACUGUCCAACCAUUCUCAGCAUUUUGACGUACUACAUAUCAACUUGAUAUUAACUGAUUUGACUGACAGGAAAAUGUAAUAACACUGAGAAUAAAAUGUGAAUCAAAGCCACAUUGUGAGUACUUUAUUAAUUAAAGUUUUCACGCACAUAUUGAGGUUUUCUAUCUAUAUGAACUGUAAAUUAUUUGAGUUGUGCACAUCAAAAUCAGCGUAUGGUUGUUUUGUUUUUUACUUUCAGUUACUGGGUUAGCUGAGAAGCCGUACAGUGAAUCCAACUAUUAUCUAGCCUUGUGUGUUUUUGCAUGCAUGUUUGUCAGUGCCUUCUGUUGCAGCAGAAGCUUUAAAAACUUGACUUGAAAGGGAUUAUUUUCAAUCUCCUCUUUUCAUGUGCCAAGAGCAUUCAGCUGUUUUAUACAAUGAUUAUGGUCUGUGUCAUACUUUCUGUUGUUUCUAACAUUUGCCCUCUGCCUGUCACUUAGCUGCUAAUAAAUGUUUAAUGUUUGCAGCAA